AUGGGAAAUACACCGUCUCAGACGGAAGACUCGGAUUUAGUUUCGGGGGAGGAAGAAGACCAGGAAAUGUCUGCCCGAUGCGCAAGAAUACCGUUGGAAGACAGCAACCAAACGCCAAAGAUAAAUGGAGCAAACCAAGGGAUAGCGAGUCGAGUAGAAAAUGCAGUGGGUCCACACAAACAGUUCGACGGCUCUGCGGCAACAAUACACAAAAACAGACCAAGGGUCAGACAACAUUCGGAUGUCACCGAUUUUAUGCAAAUUUAUUAUGGGGGUUUCGGUACCAGAGAGGAAGACAUACCCAAUCAUAAUCGUUACCGACCGUUUCAAAAAAUUAUGCAAAUUCUAAGUAGUAUGGAGAAAGAGCAGCGACUGAGUGACGAGGACGAAGGAUUUGCAGAACCUAUUCCUAGCCAGCCAAUCGGAGACAACGCAGAGGAAUCCGGUGAAUGUUCCGUCAGGCAAGUGAUUGAAGAAGUCAUAAGGCCUACUAAUUCAAGGAUUUAUCAUGCCAGUAGGUUUCGGAUAAAGAAAAUAAAGUUGCGUGAAGGUAAUGAUAUGAGAAAAAUUCUAAUCGCAAGCCGCAGAAUGGAGAUUCCGGAAAAACCUAACUUGCGGCUGGAAAAGAACUACCUAGUUCAAUCUAGAACUGGCGAGAUAAGAGGCUAUUCCUUGAGCAUACAACGCCCAGUAGAAUCCAAGGUCAUGAUGCGGAGACCAGAAAUGAAAGAUGUGUGUGAGCAAACAAACUUCAUUAGACCGCGUGGUGCACGGCGAAAUCUGAGAUCUUUUGAAGCAUCUGAUGAGUACACAAGCGAGGAAAGCGGAUACUGA